UUCGUUCCACAGUACCUUCCCAAGUAGUCUCUUUGCUCCAGUCAUCUUUGCAUCCUCAAAUUCAGUUCUUGACACAGAGCAGUUUAGUUAUGCUCAGGUUUGCUUCUUUGAGGGACUGUGUUUACCCCACUUCACACAGCCUUUCUGCCCUCCCGUCCCCUCUUGGAAUCAGAGUUCCCCCUUUGAAGGUGAGAUUGAUAUGUGCUAUCCCCUCUUCUAGACUGCAGACUGUAAAAAGGAAAGGGGGGCGGGGAAGAUUCAAAUAGGGUCAGAGCAAAGAACGCCCAUGCCAGAGAGGAGUACCUUUGGCCCAGAGCCGUGACCGCUCCAAAGUGCGGAAUCCUGGGUUCUCCUAGCCCUCCUUUACCCUCCAUCGAGGGAGGCAGCUUGGUCUUCGCCCCCACCCCCCAAUCUACAGAUCAGCCUUGGAGGAAAAGGCACCAGACUUCGGACAUCUCUCUCCUCGCGUCCCCGAGGCCACGGGCUCCCCUAGGCUCCCCGUGGCCCCGAGUUAUAGUCGGGACCCCUCGGUCGAGGGUGAUUGUCGGGUCUCCGCGGGCGCGAGUCGCUGGGGCGGAUCAGGCCUCUGCGCCUUCUCCAGGCGCCCCGCAAAGCCGCAGGCAAGAUGAACAUCCUGGCGCCAGUGCGGAGGGACCGCGUCCUGGCGGAGCUGCCCCAGUGCCUGAGGAAGGAGGCCGCUUUGCACGUGCGCAAAGACUUCCACCCCCGCGUCACCUGCGCCUGCCAGGAGCACCGGACAGGCACCGUGGGCAGAUUUAAGAUCUCCAAGGUCAUUGUGGUGGGGGACCUGUCGGUGGGGAAGACUUGUCUCAUUAAUAGGUUCUGCAAAGACACGUUUGAUAAGAACUAUAAGGCCACCAUUGGAGUGGACUUUGAGAUGGAACGAUUUGAGGUGCUGGGCGUCCCCUUCAGUUUGCAGCUCUGGGAUACCGCUGGACAGGAGAGGUUCAAAUGCAUUGCAUCAACUUACUACCGUGGCGCUCAAGCCAUCAUCAUUGUCUUCAACCUGAAUGAUGUGGCCUCCCUGGAACAUACCAAGCAGUGGCUAGCGGAUGCGCUCAAGGAGAAUGACCCUUCCAGUGUGCUUCUCUUUCUCGUGGGCUCCAAGAAGGACCUGAGUACUCCUGCUCAGUACGUGCUGAUGGAGAAGGAUGCACUCAAGGUGGCCCACGAGAUGAAGGCCGAGUACUGGGCAGUCUCCUCUCUUACGGGUGAAAAUGUCCGGGAAUUCUUCUUCCGUGUGGCGGCACUGACCUUUGAGGCCAACGUGCUGGCUGAGCUGGAGAAAUCAGGGUCCCGGCGCAUUGGGGACGUUGUCCGUCUCAACAGUGAUGACAGCAACCUCUACCUAACUGCCAGCAAGAAGAAGCCCGCGUGCUGCCCAUGACGGGUGAGGGGACUGUCCAGAGACUGCCCAGCUGCAGGGCGCCGUGCCACCUUGACUCUCCCAGAGCUUAACUCUCUAGGACAUUUGCACUGACUGUUUUUCCAGACCAAAGAACUGCCCCUUGGCAGUAUCCCCAGAUUGGUAGCUGGGACCAGGCGAGUCCUGUCCUCAGGCACCGUGCCAAAGACCUCCCUUGCCCCACCUCCAGGGGCCCUGCAGGCUGCUGUGGUGGGGAGGUGGGCCCUGCUGCUCUUGCUCAGCCUGCUGGGCCCUCUGGGUAUGAGGAUGCUUAACAGUUCCAGCCUCACACUGUGCCUUAUGCAUUAAAAUAUCUGUUAUUAGCA